AUGCCUGAUCCAGCCCGGACUGCCGAGGGCGACCAUGACAACAAGGAUGGCACCACGAUUUCAAGAACCAUUUCUGUGGAAUCAAUUGCACCAAAAUUGACGUCGUUAUUUCGACAAAGAAAACGUGGUAGAAACGACGAGUCGGAUGGUUCAGGUGAGUCCACAGGCGAUUCUGGCCAUUCCAGUGACGACGACAAUGUAGCGCACAAGAGACAAAAGCGAGAAAAAACCCAGGAAGAAAAAGAUUUUGAAGAAAGAGAGGCAAAAUUGGAUGCUGAACUUCCGCAAGAAUUGAGAAAAUUCCGUCCCCGUGGUUUCAAGUUCAAUCUUCCUCCAAAAGACAGACCAAUUCGUAUCUAUGCCGACGGUGUUUUCGACUUGUUCCACUUGGGUCAUAUGAAGCAAUUGGAACAAGCCAAAAAGGCAUUUCCAAAUGUAGAAUUGGUGUGUGGAAUUCCAUCUGAUAUUGAGACUCACAAGCGCAAAGGAUUAACGGUGUUGACCGACCAACAGAGACUCGAGACAUUGAAGCACUGUAGGUGGGUCGAUGAGGUGGUUCCCAAUGCUCCAUGGAGCGUGACUCCACAGUUUUUGAGAGAGCAUAGAAUCGACUAUGUGGCUCACGAUGAUUUGCCCUAUGCAUCUACUGACAGCGACGAUAUAUACAAGCCUAUUAAGGAAGAGGGAAAAUUCCUUACUACUCAAAGGACACUGGGUAUUUCAACGUCUGAUAUUAUCACCAAGAUCAUUCGUGAUUACGACAAGUACUUGGCGAGAAACUUUGCUCGAGGUGCGACUCGCAAGGAACUCAAUGUUAGUUGGUUAAAGAAAAACGAAUUGGAAUUCAAGAAGCAUAUCAGCGAUUUCAGGUCUUAUUGGACCAAGAACAGAGCCAACUUAAACACAGUUUCCCGGGACUUAUACUUUGAAGUUAGAGAGUACAUGAGAGGAAGAAGAGCCGAUGCUGCAUCGUUACUCGAAGCUGGCUCCGCUGCCAGCGAUUCAGAAGACUCCCAUUCGCAACCACACUCUCGCGCUGGCUCGCCACUCAGUGAGUUUGCUGCCAAGUACAUUGGAAACGCCAACAAGGACUUGAACAAGUCGAUCUUUAAAAAUGUCGCUGGUUGGAUGAAGCGUGAUGAAGAAAGGACCCUUGAUAACUUGUCCACGACCUCUUCCAAGGAAACUGCCAAUAAUAAACCACUCAAGCAAGUACAAUCGGAGCCAAAAAGCAGUCCCAAAAGACCAAUCAAACGAACUCGAAAGAGGACCUAA